UGAUAAUUGAUAUUGAAUUGUUCAACACUUGCAAAGCAGGCUGGGGAUUCUUGUUUGAUUAUUGUUUAGAUUUUGAUUAACCGAAAUUGUCUCCCCUGCACCUGUUGAUUUAUUUCUCCCUCUCAUUGACAGAAUGAGUGACUGUAACGAAAAUGAGUGUGUUGUUGAAAGCGAAACGCUGAGUUAUAGGAAGGACACGUUGUCUUGGGACGAUUUUUUUAUGGCUGCUGCAUUUCUCGCCGCAGAAAGGAGUAAGGAUCCGGUGACUCAAGUAGGAGCCUGUAUAGUCAACGAUGAUAAGAAGAUCGUUGGCUUAGGAUAUAAUGGAAUGCCGACAGGAUGCCACGAUAGCGUAUUCCCUUGGGGAAAGAAUGACGGACUUGAUAAUAAAAAAUUGUACGUUUGCCAUGCGGAAAUGAAUGCUGUAUUAAAUAAGAACACGGUUGAUGUUAAGGGCUGUAAGAUUUACGUUGCUUUAUUCCCUUGCAACGAAUGUGCCAAAAUAAUAAUCCAAAGUGGAAUAAAAGAAGUGAUUUACAUGUCUGAUAAAUAUGAUUAUAAAAUGGAAACUAACGCGGCUAAAAAGAUGUUUAAUGCUGCUGGAGUGACAUAUAGAAUUGUACUGACACAUGUAGCGGUGUGUAUCGCCUAUCAGUUUUGAAACAGAGUUGGGUACUUUCACACUGGAACCAGCUACGUCCAAUUUUUGAACUUCCCAACUUUGCACGAACAUUACCAACCUAGGGAAUGUGAUCAGUCCUCUCAUGCUGGAACCAACUUAAUUGUGAUGAAUAGAAUUUUCAUUGCAUUGAAGUUUACAUAAUAUUUUUAUAAAACUUGUAGAACUCAAUAUAAAUUAUUUCUAUUUUGUAUAUAUUUAUUUUUGAAAAAGUGCAUACAAAAAAAUGUUUGAACAUUCUGUAUGUAGUAAUUAUUUUCCUGUUGGUCCUAUAAAUAUAUCCUCUCCCAAAUGCUUCUAUGCUGGGCUAGAAGGACCUGCUCACAGUAAAAAUCCAAACUAUUUUGGAUCCGUUGACUUCCACAAUUAUAUGCAAUAUUUCUGAAGAGGGCAUGGACAUGUGUUUUGGUCGUCCGCUCGUUUUCAAGCAAAUUCGCAGAUUUAUGGCCCCAUAGGAUGCAAGGCUCUAAUACGGUCAUGAGUAGCCAUAAAUACAAAAAAAAGUAGUUGAUUCUUUUAAUUCAAGAAAUUGCUUUUAAAAUAUCUAAAGGAACUUUAAAAAUUCAAAGAAAAAAAAAUCAUUCCAACUAAAAUGAAACAACCACUACUGAUGGAAAAAAGACUGUCUGACAAGUCUGUAGAGCUCACAUUGGACAAGUAUGUAGUGCAUAGUUGCAGGUGGUUACAGUGUGAGACCAGCCAAGUGGUUGAGACGACCCUGCGAGUCAGUUUUGAAAACACCUGGUGUCCAGUAGUUGUAUUGUAUUCAGCCAGCUCUGCUGUGGCAUGUCAUUGAGCAUUUUAUACCCACCACUUGAUGGCUUUUUGUAUCUUUUCAAUUAAUUAAUAUUUAAUUAAGG